GGACUUGUCAUGAUGCGAUUGGUUAGAAAGCGUGUCAGUGUUUGAAUGGGACUCUCCGUUUCCAUUUUUCUGUGAUGUACAUAGACACGAGUUGUUACAAUGGGGCCAUUUAGAGUUAUAUCUGUCUUUCUGGAUUUAAUUUUAGUAUGUUUUAUGUUUGCCCAGUGCGGCGCUCGUGAUUUGGACUCCAGCUAUGUGACGUGCGGAUCUCUGGUCAAACUGAUGAACACCCGGCACAACGUCAGACUUCACUCGCAUGAUGUCAAAUACGGAUCAGGAAGUGGCCAGCAAUCAGUGACAGGAGUGGAUUCGGCCGACGAUGCCAACAGCUACUGGCGCAUCCGUGGGAAACCAGACAAAAUUUGUCAGCGCGGUGAGCCCAUUCAAUGCGGACAGGCCAUCCGUAUUACACACAUGAAGACCGGACGCAACCUUCACUCACAUCACUUCAGCUCCCCGCUGUCUAACCACCAGGAAGUGAGUGCGUUUGGUGAAAAUGGAGAAGGAGAUGAUUUAGACGUCUGGACCGUGCAGUGCAGCGACACACACUGGGAACGUGACGAUGCGGUACGAUUUAAACACGUCGCCACUGAGGUUUUCCUCAGUGUUACCGGAGAACAGUACGGCCAGCCAAUCAGAGGCCAGCGUGAGGUCCACGGAAUGCCUUCACCCAAUCAGCAUAACUACUGGAAGGUGAUGGAGGGGGUUUUUAUUCAGCCCAGCAGUGAUCCAGUGCGCCAUGAUGAGCUCUGAUGAUGCCGCUACAUUGUCGUAGCGAGCGAAUGAGAACUCCACUCACACAUGCUGUGAAACCCUCUCUAUAUUUAAACCUUCAGUUUCUGGUUUUACAUUUAUUGGUCAAACUCUUACAUAUGUGUUGCAAAAAAAAAAAAAGGAACACAAAA